AUGUCAGUUAUCAAAGAAAAAGAGUUUGAAUUAUUCUUUAAUGACAAAGAUAAUGUAAAUAUGAGUUCUUAUAAAGUAGAUCACCAAACAAAUUUACCUGUACUUUAUUUAAAAGACCAAAAAAAUGCAUUUUGGAAAAAGUUUUCUGCUACUUAUUCAGAUAGAAUGAAGUAUACAUCUUUCAUGGCCCAUUUACAAAAUAGUCGUUUUCAAUAUAGAGAAGAUUUAGGAGGAUUAUGUAUGACAUGUAAUGAUUAUGGAUAUCAACUUUUUGAAGAUUUGAUUGAGAUAAUUAAUUCAACCUUUUCUUAUAAAACAAUAUAG